CCCUCACACACUAUUUCUUCCCUCUCUCACACGUUCUUGCACUCUCUGCCUCUGCUUGCUGUCCUCUUACUGGAUCAAUGGAGCACAGGAGGUGAUUCCAGUCCCUUGAUUUAUUAGUCAUUCCUGGUUGUUGGAACAAGCCAAUUAGGAAGGCUCUCAGUGUGUGCACGCGUGUGGACAAUCCUAAGACAGAAACGACUCUGCUGCUGAUGCUGCUGUCUCUAGCUGCUCCCUCACGCUUUACCGUGGAUCAGCAGGCUGCAUGGAGAAGAGGGUUGCAGGGUGGUGGGAGGCUUGAAAGAAGACGAGAAGGAAGCAACGAGGUACAGACCACAGGGUAGACAAUUUUACGCCACUUAAGUAUCAUUUGUUCUGUCAUGGCCCGGACGUAGGAAUUCACAGCAAACGUCAGCUUGGCUGCAAAGUAUCCAAGGUUAAAGGAAGUGAAAGCAAGGCUGAGUCAAAAGAACAGAAGGAGAUGGCGCUGGAGGAGAAACCUGGUGUUAAGAGCAGCAGCUCUAUCGUUCCCUGCUUUCUGUUUGUGGAGCUGGUGAUCAUGGCUGGGACGGUGCUGCUGGCUUACUACUUUGAGUACACGGACACCUUCCCUGUGCACAUCCAGGGCUUCUUCUGCUAUGAUAAGAGCUUCUCUAAGCCCUACCCGGGUCCAGAGGACACCAGCAAAGUCCCCCCCGUGCUCAUCUACUCGCUCGUCACAGCAAUCCCUACCCUCACGAUCCUGGUUGGAGAGCUUUGUGCGUUCUUUACCAAGGCAGAGGGAACCCAGGAGAAGACCAUAGUCACAGCAGACUGCUGCUACUUCAACCCUCUGCUCAGGCGGAUUGUUCGCUUCUUAGGCGUGUAUGCCUUCGGCUUGUUCACCACUGCCAUUUUUGCCAAUGCCGGCCAGGUGGUGACGGGAAACCAGACGCCUCAUUUCCUGUCCGCCUGCCGACCAAACUACACAGCGUUAGGCUGCCAGUCAACCAUGCAGUACAUCACAGAGCGCCGCGCCUGCACAGGCAACCCCUUGGUUGUCAUGUCAGCACGGAAAUCCUUCCCUUCUAAGGAUGCGGCACUCAGUGUGUACUCCGCAAUGUACACAGUGAUGUAUGUGACGUUGGUGUUUAAAACCAAGGGUACGCGGCUCACCAAACCCACCAUCAGCCUCACUCUGUUGUGCCUGGCCAUGCUGGUGGGAGUGGUGAGGGUCGCCGAGUACCGCAACCACUGGGCCGAUGUGCUGGCUGGAUUCUUCACCGGUGGAGCUAUUUCUGUGUUCUUGGUGACCUGUGUCAUUAACAACUUCCAACAGUUUCAGCCAAGCCUGCCUCCACUGCAAACACAACGCCCUGAAUCAAUGCUGGGCAUGCCCAUGGUGACACUGCCCUGUAUGGAAAGUCCACUCGAAAAGUUAAGUGGCCCUCAGCAUCCUGCACUCUCUGCCUCCCCUCCGCCUUUCAAUGCCUACAUGCAACCAUUCUAACCAAACCUGAACCCUUUUUGUCACCGUUAUCCCUCAUUAUCUCUGUCUUAUUCCUGUUCGUACAUCCUCUCUUCCUACAAACUCAUUCUGCACAUUGCAUAGGAUUAUUCUUCUCUCCACCUCCCCCUUUUCUUUCCCCUCCACCCUCCCUUCCCCACCUCUCUCUCCUUCUCACUCCUUUCUCUACCCCUGCAGACUUCGCGGGAAUCUCCAUUCACAGAGAUCACAUGACCAUCAGCCCUAUCGGUUCCCCGCCACUCCCGAUGUCCUCGUACCGUCUCGCUCCAUUUCCAACGAAGUCUAGACCAGCCGGAGCAGCACUCGCCACACUGCGCGGCCCACGGGGCUGGCCGGAGCGCGACGCUGCACCGCUCCUAUUCCACCCAGGUCUAGACCCUGUACCACCUCCAAUUACUGCCGGGGAACCGAUAGGCAAACUUUAAGACUUUUUUCUUUUAAGGAAAAUACUGAAAACAAUCAACUGAGAGCUGCAUAAGCUCUCAUCAGUAAAUCACUUUUAUACCUAAUUAGUCACAAUAUUUUUUUUUCUUCUGAGGGAAAACAUCAAACUGUGACUUCAAAGAUUUUCCACCUUUUUUUGUAUCAUUGAGUUGACACCUGCAAAAAAAAAAUGCAGGAUUUGACAGCUAGAAGUGACGGUGCACUCUCAAUACAAACAGGAAGGUGCGCCGCCAGGAGGUUGCCACGUUGGACCAAAGACGCUCGCUUCGGGAAAUGUGUCAAACUGAGAAUUACCUAUUAAAAAGAGAAACUUUCAUCUGAGCAAUUCACUCAGAAACACUCAAGCACUUGUUUUUUCUUUUCUUUUUUUUUGUCUUGUCGUAAUCUUUUGGGUAUCCCACUCAGCUCUGCAUGGGGUCCACCCUGAUCAAAGCACACAUUUCAGCUAAUGCAACAGACAAAAGCAAACAGGAGAAAAGUAUUCUUUUUUCAAACAAAGACAAGCUCAAAUGGACCAAAAGAUCAAAUAAGCACUAUGGAAUAAAGGUAAGCUCCUGUAGGCAGACCAAUAACUGCUUUUACAUCCAGGAGCCAGAGGGUU